UUCCCUCCAUCUCUGCCAGUCUCAAGCCUGUUCUAGCCCUGCAGAGAUGUCUGACGAAGCGACAUUCCCGAUUGCACGAGCCUCGCUCAUCGCGCUGUUUACGGAGUCGCUGGUUUUCGGCGCCUUCACUGUCCUGUAUGCUAUUGCGAUUUGGAUUCUCCUCUACAGGGAGAAGAGGCGUAGCAAGUCUACUCUGAACAAGUUGCUCUUCGCUACCUCGACGGUGAUGUGGGUGCUAUCGGUGGCACAUCUGUGUAUAGAUGUGCAACGAGCAUUACAAGCGUUCGUGGUGGAAGGUGGCAAGCCGGAUGGUGCACUGCUCUUCUACUCGACCCUCAAUAACCCUACACUCGUCGCGAAGGAUGUAAUCUACAUCACUAUGACUAUCGUUGCCGAUAGCUUCGUAACGUAUCGUCUCUUCGUAGUCUGGAAUCACGCCUGGUACAUCAUCGUCCUUCCGGUCAUUUUGCUGAUCGCCACUGCAGUCGCUGGAUAUGGCGCGUGUGCAGAGAUUGGCAUGGUCAAGGGGGUUGGCGCAAUCUUUGCGGCCAAUCUCCAACCGUGGAUACGUGCUUUCUUCUCGCUGUCGCUGACGACGAAUCUCCUCACUACAAUUCUCAUUGCCGCGCGCAUUGUAUGGAUGAACCGCCGUGUGAAGAGCUACCGUGCUGGCAGCGGCCAUUGGGAGGUAGUCGAGACCCUCGUUCAGUCGGCCGCCAUCUACUCAGCCGCCCUAGCUUCAUUGCUCGGCACGUACCUCGCCGGUUCGAACGCCCAAUACGUGUGCCUUGACAUUCUUCAGCCCCUCAUAGGCGUUGUAUUCACUCUCAUCAUCAUCCGUGUUGGGUUGGGUUACACGAUGAACGAGGUGUCGGCCAAGGGAGGGUCUGAGUUCCAAGGCCAGACGAUCGGCGGUACGGAUUACAACCUCCGUCCCGUGGCGAUCAACGUCUCGGUGUCGCGCACGCACGAUCGCCAGUCCCUUGAGGUGUACGAUUCGAAGGAUCGCACAAUGACUGAUAUUGAGAGUGGGACCUCGCGUGCGGAGUAAAACGGCAUCGCCAUGGGAUACCUAGAUACGCGUCGCAGGUGGAGGAUAUACUAGGCAGGAUAUUGAUGUAGGAUAAUUCAGUGUAUCAUGCGGUGGUUCCGCGUGCACCUCGUCGCACACCUUUCGCUCGUUCUUUGUCGCUUUGUUAUACGUUUGACAUUUGCUGUGAUUAGGCUCCCGACGUCUUCUGCUUUGCACAUUCUCUUAGAAUGAUCGCACAUAGUUUAAUGUACUUUACGUUCUUUAAGACACCGUGCGUCAAUGUUGC